GGGCUUGUUUCUUUCUCUUCUUUUUCUUUCUUUCCGAGUACAUGGCUUAUGUUUGCCUUCUCUCGUUUGCAGGCAAAUGGAUCGGUCGGAUGAUAUAGUCGGGACAUCUUAUUCGGCUGCGGAUCAUUUCAGUGAUGCACUGAAGUUUCCUAUGGCCAAUUUUCCCUCGUUGCUGACCGAGGCCGACUUGAAGUCUUUUCGGCUGAAAUAUCAAAUUCACCGAUCGUGGGAUAUCUACCCGGCUGUCGCAAACGACUGUAUCUAUCAUACUCCCGAGUCGGAGGAAGGCCAUAGGUGUGUGGGCAUCUCCGAAAAUGCCUUUAAGUGUGGCUUUCGGCUUCCGAUGCUCCCCUUGCUGAAGAAGCUACUAAAGCAGACGGGGAUCGCCCUGGGUCAGUUGGACCCGAAUGGGUUCACGUAUAUAAACGUCUUCCAGCAUCGGUGUCUGAUGGCUGGCGUGUCCCCUCGGCCGGCUCUUUUCUGGAAUCAUCAUGAUUUCAAGAAGAAUUCCAAGAGUAAUGGUUUCUAUACCAUCGGCCGUAAGACUAGCCGGCCGAAUUGGUGUGAGACCAACUCAAGCAACAAGGGGACCCACGAGCGCUGGUUCUUCUUGGGGGGUCAUUCGAUCCACAAGUUCUCGACGUGGAGAGAGGUUGACCCCUCGAUCAUCACUACUCCCGUCCUUGUCGGCAAGGAUCUGGAGGACUUUGAAAAGCUGAGCAAAGUCCAGGAACCGAACCGGAUUUUGUUGUCGAUGAGUCGGGAGAAGGAGUGGCUUUUCACUCUUUGGGGUAGUGACGGUAUUCUUUCUUUUGCUUCAAUGCUUCUCCUUUAAUAGCCGAUUACUUUGCUUAAUAUUUUGUGCCGUUUUAACACUUGUUUUCUUGUGCAGUGUCUUCCCGAACUGAGGCCCUGAAGCGGAAAACCGCGAAGGCGAUGGCGGCCAGGAAGGAGGCCGAAGCAAAGGCUCGCGGUGAGACGACCGUCGGGGCCAUAGUUCAGGCCGAUGCUUCCAGGGAGAAGACUCCCGAGGUCGGUCGUGUGGAUGGGCCAGCCGAGAAAACUUCCGAGGUUGUGGAGGUUUCGGCUGUGGAUGUUCCCAGGAAGAGGAACAGGCCGGACGGCUCGUCUGAAGUCCGGCCUUAUGCCCCGGAGUGGUCGGUUCUGUCGACCGACUCAAUUGCGAUCCUUGCUCCUGACCGGAUUAAGGAUGUCGCAGGCGAUUUCUGCCGAUCGCAGAUCUUGCCGGCCGACCGAGGAACUUACGAGUCGGCGACUGCUCUGCAAGCGUGCGAGCAGUUGAUGUGCUUCUUAUCUCUGGCUUCUCCUUGGGCAGCGGCGGUGACCGAUAAGGUUCAAGACAUGCAGAAGCAGAUGGCGGGGGUCAACGCUCUUACCAUCCGCGCCAAUCUGGCCGAAGAAACCUUGGCGGCCCUACAGACCGAACUGACUGCUGCCCAUCAGGAUGUGAAGGACCUUCGGGAGUCAGAGGGUCGCUUGAAGGGGCAAGUUGAUACCCUGACUCGGAGGGUUCAGCGUCGGAACUUGGCGUUGAAAGCCGCCCGGAAGAAGGAGAAGAAGGCCAAGAAGCUCCUGGAGAAGACAGAGGAUCGGUUCCUCGAUAUCGGGUAUGACGAGGCUGUUCGUCGGGCCCAUAAGGAAGGCCUGGAUCAUAAGCUCCUUCUGGAUGAAGGUGCUUCGGAUCCGGUCGGCCGUGAUGAUCCGGACGAGCCACUGGUCGUCUCUUCUGAUCCCGAGACUGAUUACUCGGAGUAGUUUUUUGUAGAUUUUUCUUUUUAUUUGUAAGCAUUUGGGCCUUCGGGCUUCUGUAAAAACAAUUUGCCUUCGGGCUU